AUGGCGGAUCUUAGUGAAAACCUUCGGCUAAUCAAAUAUGGAUGUUUACAAGCAACCAUUGGUCCAUCACUUUUGUGUGAUAUCUGCGUGUUUAUCUAUCUGAUUCGUCAUUGGCGAAAAGAGAUUGUCAAAUCUCCGCAAAAUCAUGUUAUUCUAUGUGUACUCACCGUCAGUUUCAUUGAGAAGAUGACAGAUGCGAUCUUUAGUCUCUAUUUUUUCCGAUGGGGUAUUUCUAUUCUACAAACCGAGACAUUUUGUACAGUAUGGACUUGGUUGAAUUAUUCUUUACUAACUGUGAAUUUGAUGCUUAUCGCUUGGUGUUGCAUCGAACGGCAUUUAUUUAUCUUUCAUAGUCAAAGAAUGAAAAGAAAAUUAUACUUGAAUCUGUUUCAUUAUCUACCUUUACUUCUUUGUCUUUGUUACACACCGACUCUCUAUAUUGUUCUGAUAUUCUUCCCAUCGUCUUGUACUAACACUUGGGAUUAUACUUAUCCAUACUGUGGCAGUCCAUGUUACGCAUUUGUUCCACUUUGGGGAACAUAUGAUUGGCUCGCUCAUUACGCAUUGCCGAUCAGCAUUAUUUCACUUGCCAAUCUUUUUCUUUUCGUUCGUGUUGUGUGGCAAAGAAUCAAACAAGGCCGCCCAGUCGAAUGGAAUCGACAAAAGCGUAUGAUUAUUCAGCUUGUUUUCAUUUCAGCUCUGUAUUUAAUGUUAAUCACACCCGAAGUUAUCGUCGGUGUAAUCGAAGCUCUAUGGUCGCCCACAUUCGCUCUUGACAUUCAAUUAAAUUAUUUCUUCUACAUUACAAAUUUCGUGCAUCAAUUGCUGCCAUUUAUUAUAAUUACUUCGUUGCCGAAGUUGCAUAAGGAACUGAAACAAUCGUUUCAGCGUAUAAGACGAGUCUAUCCACUGGAAGCGAUGAACGGGAGAGAACAAACGAAUCUCACUCGCGAUGCGACAAAUGGAAAAGCAAUUUAA